GUUUUUUUCCCGAAAACCCACAGUACUUCCAUCUUUUCACAGCGAAGGGAAGCUUGAUAAAAACCUAGUUAUCAUCAAAUAUCGAAGUGAACAAUGGCCACGAUCAAGGUUGUCAAAGCCCGUCAGAUCUUCGAUAGCCGUGGAAAUCCCACCGUUGAAGUUGAUGUUAUAGUCUCUGAUGGAACUCUAGCUAGGGCUGCGGUGCCAAGUGGUGCCUCAACUGGUAUAUAUGAAGCUCUUGAGUUGAGAGAUGGAGGAUCAGAUUACCUAGGAAAAGGUGUUCUCAAGGCUGUGGAAAAUGUAAAUUCAAUCAUUGGGCCUGCCUUGGUUGGUAAGGACCCUACAAAGCAAACCGAAAUUGACAAUUUUAUGGUGCAACAACUUGAUGGAACGGUUAAUGAGUGGGGUUGGUGCAAACAGAAGCUUGGAGCAAAUGCAAUAUUGGCAGUCUCACUUGCUGUCUGUAAAGCUGGCUCUCUGGUGAAGAAGAUCCCUCUUUACCAGCACAUUGCUAACCUUGCUGGGAACAAAACCUUGAUCUUGCCUGUACCUGCAUUCAAUGUUAUCAAUGGAGGUUCCCAUGCUGGAAACAAAUUGGCAAUGCAGGAAUUCAUGAUCCUUCCUGUUGGGGCCCCUUCUUUUAAGGAGGCCAUGAAGAUGGGUGUAGAAGUAUAUCAUCAUCUAAAGGCUGUAAUAAAGAAGAAGUAUGGACAAGAUGCCACUAAUGUGGGUGAUGAAGGUGGCUUUGCUCCUAAUAUCCAGGAGAACAAAGAGGGACUUGAACUUUUGAAGACUGCUAUAUCUAAAGCUGGCUAUACUGGGAAGGUUCUCAUUGGCAUGGAUGUUGCCGCGUCAGAAUUUUAUGAUAACAAGGACAAGACCUAUGACUUGAAUUCCAAGGAAGAGAAUAAUGAUGGAUCGCAAAAGAUAUCUGGAGACAGCCUGAAGAAUGUUUACAAGUCAUUUGUGACUGAUUAUCCAAUUGUCUCUAUUGAGGAUCCCUUUGAUCAGGAUGACUGGGAGCACUAUGCAAAAAUGACAAGUGAAAUUGGCGAGCAGGUGCAGAUUGUUGGUGAUGAUCUACUUGUCACAAACCCCAAGCGUGUAGAGAAGGCCAUUAAGGAAAAGACAUGCAACGCACUUUUGUUGAAGGUCAAUCAAAUUGGUUCUGUAACUGAAAGCAUUGAAGCUGUGAAGAUGUCUAAACGUGCUGGCUGGGGUGUAAUGGCAAGCCACAGAAGUGGUGAAACUGAGGAUACUUUCAUCGCUGACCUUUCGGUCGGUUUGGCAACAGGCCAGAUCAAAACUGGAGCUCCUUGCAGGUCAGAACGCCUUGCUAAAUACAAUCAGCUUCUGAGGAUUGAAGAAGAGCUGGGAUCUGCAGCUGUCUAUGCCGGAGCAAAAUUCAGAGCACCUGUGGAACCUUACUAAAGGCAAUCACUAGUAGCAUUGCUAGUCAGUUUCUUAAUUAGCUUCAAAUAAUUUGUAUUGAAUAACUUAAAAGUGCUACUAGAUGGUCUGUACAACCAGGAAAGAUGAUAGACCAGUUGUUGGAAAUCCUACAUUGAGGGGAUAGUUUUCUACAGACCAUACUAUGCCAGCGCUGGUUGUGUUUUGAAUUUGGAAUGCAUGUUUUCUCUUCAAUGAAGCUUUUUUACUUGCAA